AUGCGUGUCGGCGGUGCUAUGGCCGUGGUGGCGUGCAUGUUGGCCUUGUUCUUGUGCUUUGUGCAAUUCGCGUCGUCGUCGUCACCAUCGUUGACGUUGUCGUCGUGGUUUCCGCAAAGUUCAACAGUACCGCUUGACUCAAGCCAGUAUUUUCGGCUAGUUAGCUUUCCUAGCCUUCAGGAACGAUUUCUUGCAGAAUUUGUUGAGCGACUAGAAUCGUCGUCGAGUAAUGUUAGGAGUUUGGAAGCGUCACAUUUCCAGUGGACAGGUGUUACGAUGUUCCGUGAAGGUAGAACUGGAAAGUCGUGGUUGAUUGUUGCGGGAGCGUCUCCGAAAAGAACUCGUAGUGGAAAUGCCUUUAGGAAUGACUUCAGUGCAGUAUUAGGGUGUGAAGUGAGCGCAAUGGAAGAUGGGUCGGGUGGGUUUGAUAUUUCGGUGUGUGAACUCCUCGGCCUUGACACCGGUUCCCCUACCUUGAACCACACCGACGGUGGGCUUCUGGGCAAAGGUCUUCAGAGUCUGCAGUUGCCCACUGGAGGGGGUGUUGUCGUGAUCUGCGAUCCCCUCUGGCACAAAGACCAAGGUACCCUAUCACCUGGCGGUAAAUGCGACGUUCUUCACCGAAGAAAUAACGUGUGGAGAGCUCCUGGUCCUAUUGAAUUUUGCACUUCUGCUGGGCAUACGCAGCCCUGUGCUGGGGGAUUUUCCAUCGACCUUAGACUAACCGAGGACGGUUCGAAUGCACAGCUUCUGGCCGGUCUCCCAUUCGCCCAGCCGAAUCGACGUGUUCGAACAGUUGACGACCUGCUAAGGCGUGGCCAGCAGCACAUUCGCGAUAUUGAAUCGGAGGAGGAGUGUUUCGGGGCCGCGGUCGCGUGGUCUCCUCAUUUGCCGAGUCGGAGCAACGCACUGGCCAUUGUUGGCUCACCAUCGGAAAACGUCUACGGGUUUCCAGUGAAUAGUUUAGUAGAGGAUAUUGACGCCGCGGUAUUGAAUUUACGAGGAGACACGUUUGGAGGGAUGGGAUUUGCUUUGGAGACGAGUCUUGUCAAUGGAAGCUUGAUCGUGUUUGCCGGGGCCCCUUAUGAGGACGUUGAGAAGUAUGGCGCGAACACAGGAAAAGUGUACGUGCAGUACCGCAGCAUGGAGGGCACAAGAAACUAUAGCCUAAGUGGCAAUCGUCCCGGUGAAAUGUUCGGCUAUGCAAUCGCCAGGAUAGGCGACGUCGACGGUGAUGCGGUAGCUGACUUGGCUAUUUCGGCACCGUCGCUCGGUGAUGAAAAAACAACGGGCCGCGUGUAUAUCUUCCGAGUUUCGCCAGAUUUCCCAUUUGAAAGUAGGCCUUUUCAGAUCUUGGAGGCACCCGAAAAUGUUACAGGAUUUGGCGUUUCGUUGAGUAGGGGUGUUGAUCUAGACUCGGAUGGUGGACCAGAACUGGCGGUGACUACUUUGGACCCAAAAACCCCUGUCCUUGUCUACUCCCCUCCACGGCGACUUCGAGCAAAGUGCACCAUCAAAGCUAACCCAAAAGUGACGCCGACGUCUGUGAGGACUGGUGACGUGGUAACUCUCAAAUUUACCAUCAAUCUUAUUGACUCCAUCUCCAACAAAAAAUUUCCUGCCUCCCCCAACUUUCAGACACGCCAUCACCAAGUUAAUCCUGAUGUUCUCUGGUUGGAACGAUAUAAGCACUUGAUCAGUAACCAGAAUCAAAGCGAUUUUGACUUAAUCCUGGCGGAGUUCUUUGGCGCGAAACAGUCCUCAAAUUUGGUCCCAAGCAAGCCAAGA